AUGAUGGCGUACUACUCCCGCCCUUCGUACGCCGCUGAGACUCCUCCGCCAGCGAACAUCGCUCAUCCCGUCCCUCACCAGUCCGUUGCACCCUAUCUUCCCAAUGCCAGCUCUCACAACGGCAAAAUCUAUGCUCUGGUCAUCGAGCUCAUGGACCCAAUGGCAAGAGAAGGAGCAUUGCUUGAGCUCAGCAAGAAGAGAGAGCAGUACGAUGACCUAGCCUUGGUUCUAUGGCAUUCCUUCGGCAUCAUGCCAGCCUUGCUGCAAGAAAUCGUGUCUGUAUAUCCGCUACUUUCGCCACCGAAUCUCACUGCACAUGUCUCUAACCGGGUCUGCAAUGCCCUUGCCUUGCUGCAAUGUGUCGCCUCCCAUACGGACACGCGUCAACUCUUCUUGAAUGCGCAUAUACCUCUUUUUCUAUAUCCUUUUUUGAAUACCACCUCCAAAACACGCCCAUUCGAAUACCUUCGGCUUACUUCUCUGGGUGUUAUUGGGGCACUUGUCAAGCAAAACGACAACAACACGGUCAUCCACUUUUUAUUAUCUACCGAAAUUAUCCCUCUCUGCUUGCGCAUUAUGGAAACUGGCUCAGAGCUUAUCCUCCUCGACGAAACCGGACUCACUUACAUAUGCCACACCUAUGAGCGGUUCUAUGCUGUCGGGACUGUCCUUAGCAACAUGGUCAGCCAACUCGUCGAGACACAGGCUGUUCGACUGCUCAAACAUGUCGUUCGGUGUUAUCUCCGCCUUAGCGACAAUUUGCGGGCACGAGAAGCCCUAAGAGCUUGUUUACCAGAGCCGCUGAGGGAUCAAACGUUCAGUACCCUUCUCAAGGGAGACAUGGUGACGAAGAGAUGUUUGACGACCUUGCUUAACAAUUUGAAUGAACCAUGA